UUUGCAAUGACGAUGCACAUCGCUCAGUCUUGGCCCAGGUCUCCCGGCGAGGCCGCCGCAGGCUGCCGCGGCGGGAGGAGCCCCCUCGCGGGGGCGCCCGAGCUGCCGCCGCCGGCCGGCCCUUCCCGCCACCCCGCCGGAAGUGCUCUCGCGACCCGCCGCGCCGCGGGAAGAUGGCGCAGGAGGCCGGCGACAUGGAAGACGGGCAGCUUUCCGACUCGGAUUCCGACAUGACGGUCGCACCCAGCGACAGGCCGCUGCAGGUGCCGAAAGCACUAGGUGGGGACAGCGCAGUGAGGCCCUUCCAGGAUGCUACAGCAGCGUGUGCUCCAGUAUCACAUUAUCGGACUGUUAAAAGUGUGGAUUCGAGUGAAGAGAGUUUUUCCGAUUCAGAUGAUGAUAGCUCUCUUUGGAAACGCAAGCGACAGAAAUGUUUCAACCCUCCUCCCAAACCAGAGCCUUUUCAGUUUGGCCAGAGCAGCCAGAAAGCACCUGUUGCUGGAGGAAAGAAGGUUAACAAUAUAUGGGGUGCUGUGCUGCAAGAGCAGAACCAGGAUGCAGUGGCCACUGAACUUGGUAUCUUGGGAAUGGAGGGCACUAUUGACAAAAGCAGACAAUCCGAGACCUACAAUUAUUUGCUUGCUAAGAAACUGAGGAGGGAAUCUCAAGAACAUACAAAAGAAUUAGACAAAGAACUUGAUGAAUAUAUGCAUGAUGGCAAAAAAAUGGGAUCAAAGGAAGAGGAAAAUGGGCAAGGUCAUCUUAAACGGAAACGACCCAUCAAAGACAGACUAGGGAACAGACUAGAAAUGAACUAUAAAGGCCGGUAUGAGAUCACAGAGGACGAUUCUCAAGAGAAAGUGGCUGAUGAAAUUUCUUUCAGGUUGCAGGAACCAAAGAAAGAUCUGAUAGCCCGAGUAGUGAGGAUAAUUGGGAACAAAAAGGCGAUUGAACUUUUGAUGGAAACUGCUGAAGUUGAACAAAACGGUGGCCUUUUUAUAAUGAAUGGUAGUCGAAGAAGAACACCGGGUGGAGUUUUUCUGAAUCUUCUGAAAAACACUCCUAGUAUCAGCGAGGAACAAAUUAAGGACAUUUUCUACCUUGAAAAUCAAAAGGAAUAUGAAAAUAAAAAAGCUGCUAGGAAGAGGAGAACACAGGUGUUGGGGAAAAAGAUGAAACAAGCUAUUAAAAGUCUAAAUUUUCAAGAAGAAGAUGAUACAUCACGAGAAACUUUUGCAAGUGACACAAAUGAGGCCCUGGCCUCUCUUGAUGAAUCACAGGAAGGACAUGGAGAAACAAAGUUGGAUGCAGAGGAAGCCAUUGAGGUUGAUCAUUCACACGAUUUGGACAUCUUUUAGUACAUUUUGAGGAAUAAGGCUUUCUAAAAUAACAUUGUGAUAAACCAUUUCUACUGAGAUUGCUUCAUUUUACUUUGCACUGAUAAACAUGAAAAUCUGGAGAGAAAGAACUGUUUUCUUGUUUUAAAUAAAAUUGAAUAUGUGGGGAGAUGAAUGCAAUUGAUACAAACGUGUAAAAAUCUUAUGUCUCAUAAAAUAGUGAAAAGUACAUAGUGGAGGAUUUAGUUUCUCAAUCUGUUGCAUGUGCUAAUUAUUACUAGUUGAUAAUCACUUUUGUCCAGGUCAUUAUAACAUGCCAUUCAAAAGUCUGUUUUCUUUUUCUGAUUUAUCUUUGCAGUGAAUUAUGAUUGGUUUCAAAACAUUCCAUUAAAAGAUCCUAAUAAGAUAGAUAAAUUGUUAAGCUAUUACAAAUGCAUUCAAAUUUAGGUUUUCUGUGCUCUAAGAACUCUUAGGCAGUUUUAAAAUAGGGUUAUACUGAUGGCUUUUCCCACUUAUGUCCAGAAGUAAAUAAACAUCAGAAGAUUUUCAAAGAAGCAUUGCUUCUUAACUUUAACUUUGUUUUUGACUUCUUAUUAAUUAACUUGGUCAUAUACUAAAUACUGAGUGUGAUCCAUACCUUUGUAAUUACCAUGGACAUUUAAAAAGUUCCCAGUGAAGGCCUGCCUAAGACUGUCUUACCCUAUGUUAAGGACGUUAGGUAUUAAAAAUGUCACAUGUGCAUGAAGUUUUAAAUUAUGCAUUUUUAUUGAAGGAAAUAAAAGUAGUUUACUUAAGAUGUUCCAAGAGUUGACUGUAGUUUAUAAAAUAGAUUAAGAAAAAAUAUGUAGGAAGCAAUUAUAAACUAUUCUUUGCAGACAAUGUGCUUGAAAUCUUUCAGUAGUUCCUGAAAUGGCAUUGAAGUUGGAUCUAAGUGGGAAAAGAAGAGGAAAAUGGUUAUUGGUUGCUUUUUAUUCAUAAAGAAUGCAAAAAUAAAAUUAGAGUUUUGGCAGUC